AUGGACGACUCUAACGAUCGGUUGAUCGCUCGCCCGGAUCCGGUGGAAAUUCCAAGCUCCUCGCCACCAGCUGCGAUCCCUUUGCGUUCUUCGUCGUCGUUCCCGAGUGGUCGCGUGAACGUCCUUCCUGCGAUCGAUCGGCACACUUUACAAUCGUAUAUCAACGAUCUGUACGACUGCGCUGAGGCUGGCCAAGACCAGCUAGCCAGCUAUUGUGCAAUACACGAUCAGUUGAGAGCUCAGGAAAUUCGCGGCGCUCGCUUGGAACGCCAACUGCACGACGUUCAAGAAUUAGCAAGACCGAUCCGGCAAUAUGUGAACGAGCGGUACAACGCGUUGCGUAACUCGUUGGCCGAUGCCGAGAAGAAGAACGAUGACUUCCAAGAGGAAUUGGCUGUUCAAGCGGAACGUCUACAGGAAAUUCCGAUCCUGAAGUCUUCCAUCUUGCAGCUUAAAAAGACCCGCCAUGCCGAACAAGAGAAGCAUCGGCGUCAACUGGCUUCACUUGAAAACGAGUUACAAUCAGCGAUUGCAUCCUCCAAGGAGGCUGACGACCGGGCGAAACUCCAGAUCGAAGAGGCGAAGACUCGAUUUGCUACCCGCCAAUCAGCGAUAAUGCGGGAGUUGGCCAUGACCCAACGAGACUUGGGUACAGUCAAGACUGAGCGCGAUCGCCUCACGGCCCAACUUUCGGAUCUCAAGAGUCAGCACGAUCGGCUUAAGUCUGAGCUCGCCGAUCGAGAUGCCGAUCGUGGCCGAUUGUCCCAGAAAAUAAGUGCAUUGGAGGUAGAGCGUGAUCAGGCACUCCAGUCGAAAAAUUCGCUCUUCGCUCGCUUGACAGAGAUGGUCGCCAGUGUUUCUCCAAGUGUUCUGCCUGCACCUGUCGAGUCUUCCCCAAAGAAUUUUCCACGUCAACCUAAGCGAUCGCCUCCUGCUUCCCCGUCCAGGGAAUCCCAAGCCAAGCGUGCCCGAUAUAUCGGAUCCUCGCCACGUCGAUCGGCUUCUCCCGAUCCGUUUGGUUCAAGAUCGUCAUCGUCGGAAUCAUCUGAGGACAGCGAUCCAAAGGACUCUUCUUCCGAUGAGACCGAUGAUUCCUUGUUGGCGGCGUUGUCGUCAUCUCGUUCGACUGCCCGUCGUAAAAACACGUCGUCCCCUAAGAAACCAUCGUCUACUCCGACCCCUCCACCGGUGAAUGUCGAUUCCUCCAGUCCGGAACAUGAACCUCACGAUAAUACAUCGGGAGUGUCUUUGGUGGAUUUAUUCGGAGAGCCUUCCAGCGACUCCGAAAGCGAUCUCAGUCUCUCUGGUGAUCCUCGGUGUCCCCGGAAUUCCUUGUUGACACCUGCAGAUUUCGUGGCGCUUUCCGACACCCGCAUACCCCGCGAUCGUUGGAUUCCGGGGUAUCGCGAUCGGUUUUCACGAUCGGCGGUUGAUGUGUUCCCUUGGUCCGCCCGAAGAGUGAGCUUGAUCAGCGUAUCCGAGUUGGACACAGAUUUGUUCUAUCGCCACUUUUCCAAACCGAAAGGGUACAUCUUUCCAGUCCGGCUAGGCAAAGCUCACCCUCCUCCGGAGUCGUCUUGGUCAUCCCAUUUGAUCACGUCGGCCAAGAUUGAUCAAUUUUACGAUCAACAAUCGUGGGACAUUUAUGAUCAAGUCAUACCCCCGAUCUCCUUCGAAACUUCCGGCUGGUUCGAAAAAUUGGCCGAAGCCUAUAGCCGCUUUGUGGAUAGUCAUCGCCAAGCUCUGUGGGAAUCAACCCAUUUCUUGUGGAUAUCUCCUGAGCAACGUAUAACGGACCCUGGAUUGGAAGCAUUUGCGCGUGCAAGAAGGCAGAGACGAUCUCGCGCUGGGCCCCGUUGGAAACGAGUACUGCAGCUGAUUCUUCAAGGCAUUAUCGACGGUCUCUGCGAUUUGGACAUUUUAUUGGACCCCAUGUUCUUGCACUUUCCACGUCCGAAUGAGGCUAGAGUGUGGUAUCCCGGCCUUUCUGCGAACCGGACCAACAUACCUAACUUGAUCACUGCUUUGUCGAUCGAUCAUGCCACCGAGCGUUGGAGGACCCAGUUUCGUCCUUCGAUCGCAGCUCACCCUGGGUCGUCACUUCCUCGCUUGAUUGGUAAAUUCUUCGAUCGCGAGUAA